AUGAUGGAGAAUCUUGAGUACGAUGAAAACUAUUGUCUCGGCAUUGGUUCCACUGGAUUUGCCGGAUUCUGUGGCAGGUCGUUGCAGUUACACGAAGCUCCUGUUCUUAAAACCUUGAAUAUCAAAGUUCGUCAACAAUAUGAUUUCAUAGAUUCUCAGAUAUUUCCAAGUAUUCGUUCCACUCUCCUCGAGAUAUCAAUCCUAUCUUAUUACAAUCCUACUCCUAUCAGAUUCUCUUCUAACCUUAAUGUUUUCAAAACACUCGUCGUGAUGAAACUCCAAGACAAGAUUCUUGUGAAUGUUUCUCCCGACUCUCCGGUUUGUUUCCGGUCACUGAAGUCCUUGCACCUUGAACGUGUGAGGUACUCGUGCGAUGAAUCUUUCUGUAGAAUUUUAUCAGCUUGUCCUGUUCUUGAAGAUCUCUUCCUUGAUAGACUUUCCCGUGUUGAGAAGUUGUUCACCAUCCCAGUCCCUUCUUUACAGAGAUUGACCAUCGUUCACAGAGAUGGAUAUUUCAUUGACGAUGACCCGAUAUUCGUGAUAAAUGUUCCUUCUUUGAUUUACUUAAAGAUCGGUGACCGCAUAGGUCGCUUCCAUUUCACCGGAGAUAUGCCUAAAUUGGUGGAGGCAGACGUCGCAGUUUGUGAAACUAAAAGUGGAAAGCUUCUGAAAUCUCUUACUUCAGUUGAACGUCUUUCAAUAUAUUUAUUCUAUUCAAUGGUUAAGCAUCUUACGGAUAGAUUCUACUGUAACCAGCUUCUUCAUUUGGAACUUCACAUUUCCGAAAACUUUCGGUCAAAUCUGCUUUUGCGUGUGCUCCAAGACUCCCCUAAACUGCAAGUUCUUAAACUUGACCAGAGAGAUUGCGCUUGGAUUAGAAAUUUUGAUGAAGACCCUUCUUUCGUCCCUGAAGACCCUUGUUUUGUCUCUGAACCGAGCUCUGUUCCUGAAUGCUUGAGCUUCCAUCUCGAGACUCUUGAAUGGAUAGGCUAUGGCGGAAGUGAUGAAACAAAGGAAGAGAGAGAAGCAGCCGUUUACAUUUUGAGAAACGCUCGCCGUUUAAAAACUGCUUUGUUCUCUCUUGUAUGUACACCCAUGUUGGAGAAUGAGAUGAUUAUGAUCAACGAGUUGGAAUCUAUGUCUUUGGCUUCUGUCUCGUGCCAGCUUGUAAUCCAACGCUCCGACUAUUUUCACAAAAAUAUGUUUUUUUAA